AUGGAAAAUAAGCAAGAAUUAACACUGAGGAAGACACAUUCCAAAAGUCAUAUGCAUUGCUACGACUAA